GAGGGUUGUUGAAUUUUUUGUUUGUUUUAAAGUUUUGCUUUUUUCCCAUUCCUUAAACAAGAUCCAUUCAAAUUCUGAACAGCUCUUGAAGUCUGCUCAGGAGUAUGGAAGGCGACAAGCAAAAUGCUGAGCUGCUUGGGCAUUCAAAAGAGCUAAAUCUGAGGGGAUUUUUUUUUUUUUCCCCCCAUGGUGGUGGAUAUAGUAAUGAUCCAUUAUACAGGUGUCUCUCACUUCCUAGGGAAAAGAAAUGCUGCCGUCUAGAUGGUGAAUUCCAUUCUGAUUUGUAUCUGAAUGCCUCUGCUCAGCAAAGCAGUGGUCCUUAAUUGCCAUCUAUUUAAAUGUUGUGCAAACUGAAGAAGUCGUGCUUGCAAUUUAAUUUAACUAUCAAAGGUAUUGAUAAUGCAUUUCGAAAAAAGUUUCUUGUCAAACUUCUACACGUGAAGGAGCACCAGUAAUUUUUAGAAGUAGAUGCAUGACACAAAGUCUGUUUUUGAAGGUGCUAAAGGUCAAAAGUGUAUAGUCCCAUCGAUACUGCAGAAGGGAAGAAAGCCCUGCACUUAACUUCUGUUUUUAUUCGCUUUGUCAAGCAGUCAAAAACCAAUAACUAAUAUGAGAACCCAACUUUUCCUCUCUUUAUUUUAGAUUUGGGAAAAUUCCCUGCCAAAAAAAAAUAUCCUGGAAAAUUCACUAGUGUUUGUGUGAGUAAAAGGUUCCAACCUUUUAUUAUUAAUUUGUAAGAACUAUUUCAUUCAGUUUUGUCGAAAAGAGUCAGAAAUAGUUUGCACAGGAAUGUGCAGCAUUUUAAUGAAAGGAGUCAGAAUCACUUUUAAUUUGAACUUUAUCUGGUCUGGUUGCAGGUUUUACGGCAUUUUGUGUCUUUAAAAAAAAAAUAAUAACAAUCAAAGUAUCUAACUUCACAUUAAAAAAAAAAUAAACAAAACCAAACCUGCUUGUGGCUAAAUAAAAUCAGUUUCCACUCUGGUGGCACCAAAAAAUCAUCGGCUGUUGAAUUGGACCUAAGCCAUCUUUUCAAACCUUCUGUGAUCUUGCAGCAAUAGAUAACGAUGGAUUAGGGAACAGCAUAUGAUGGCAAACUUGUAGUAUUUGCAAUGACGUAAAAAGUAGGCAAAUUCUUUCCUAAAAUCAAAGUAAUUCAAAAUUCUUGGUAUCAUGCAGCCAUACCACUUGCAAAGUGAGCAUUUCCCUGCCUCUCAAAGCUUGCUGUAUCCUUGAUCUUGCUGUCUCCCUGCUGUUAAUUGAUUGCAACUCUACGUGUCUGAUCGGGGCUAAAAGUUGUUCUCGAUAAGGAGAUCAUACAACAUAUACUGUGCACGCCUGUGUGUAUAGAUAUGUUUAUACUGUAUGCAUGUACAUAUGUAUGCAUAUUUGUGUGCUGGCCCCGAAAUCACUCAUGUUAUAAAGCAUCAGCUUUGAAGACAUAUUCAUCAAAAUAUUAUGUAGAUCUUUUCGUUUUUGCCAGUUCCCUCCAAAUGAGAGCCUUUUUAUGCAGUCUUAUGUGGCAAAUAGCCCAAAAUUCUAAUUUUUACUAUCACUUGCUGACUUUAUUAUCACUCGCUCUUGGUGUGUGUAUAAACACAUAUGUGUAUGUAUAUACAUAUUUGUGUAUUUAUACACACAAGAAUGUUUUUUGCUGUACAGGUAAUAAAGAUGGGGGAAGGUUUUUGUGUUUUCUUAAUAGGUGAAGAAAUCUUGAAGACCAGAAAUUGCAGCUUACUGAAUUUUAAAUUAAAAAAAAAAUAAAAAUUAAAUUGUCCGGCUGUGGAAGAUGGAUCCUCAUUUUUGCAGCCACUUUGAAUCACAAGUUCAUCUUUAAAUGCACUGGGUUUUUUUGUUGUUUUUUUUUGGUUUUUUGGUUUUUUUAUUUUUUGAAGAGCUAACUAACCCUGGCUGUCUCCAGUCUGACAGUAUUCAAAUGGACUUGCUUCCUCCAUUAGUUGUAAGAUGUUUAAAAGCACAUCCUAUGUUUGAAUUGUGGAUGAGAGGUUCCCUUGGCAAUGUGAGGAGGAAAAUUCUUUCUACCCCUUUAUUAUUAAUUCACGGAUUCAGUGUUGGUUCGGCCUACAGGAGAAGUUAACUGGAAGUCUUUGAAGAUCAAUAUCUUUUGCUGAAGUUGUCCAGGGUUACUUUUAAAAAGAAGAUUUCGCUGAUCAAGCCAGCAGAAGACUUUCAGUCCAAGAAGAGUGAAGCCAGCUCUUGCCAAGGCUGGAGGAAGUACCUGUUGAGCAAACCCUUAAAACCUGAGCUUGUCCUAAGAAUUUGUCCAUUAUGUCUAACCAAGGAGAUGAUUGCUACUUCUAUUUCUAUUCCACAUGUAACAAGGGAGACAGCUGUUCCUUCCGCCACUGUGAAGCUGCUCUGGGAAAUGAAACUGUCUGCACGCUCUGGCAGGAGGGUCGCUGUUUCAGGAAUAUCUGCAGAUUCAGACACAUGGAAAUCGAUAAAAAACGCAGUGAGAUUCCUUGCUACUGGGAGAAUCAGCCAGUAGGCUGUCAAAAAUCCAACUGUGCUUUUCAUCACGCGAAGGGACGUUAUGUUGAUGGACUGUUCUUACCACCAAGCAAAACUGCGCUUCCAAGUCCACCUGAGUCUGCAGAAGAUGAUGUGAAAAUGGCUCAGAUGUCCCUGCAGCAAAACAAACUUUCUGUCCAGUCAAAUCCAUCUCCACAGCUGAGGGGGGUGAUGAAAGUGGAGAACUCUGAAAAUGUCCCAAGUCCUACACAUCCUCCAGUUGUAAUCAAUGCUGCAGAUGAUGAUGAAGAUGAUGAUGACCAACUUUCUGAAGAAGGAGAUGAAGCUAAAACACCUGUCCAGCAACCAACGACAGAAGCCCAUAAUGGAUUGCGGAUAAUUUCCACAAGGAAAUCCAAUGCUAAUACAAAGCAAGAUGACAAUUUAAAUUUUGGAAUAAAGACACUUGAAGAAAUCAAACUGAAGAAACUAAAGGAAAAAACAAAAAAACAAGGUGAAGGUCCUUCAGGAGUUUCUGUUCAUCCACUCCAACCUCGGACUAUUCCUGUACCAGAAAAGGAAAAUGUACGGACAGUAGUGAGAACUGUGACUCUGUCUACGAAGCAAGGGGAGGAGCCUGUGAUUCGACUGAAUCUUGCUGAGAGACUGGGAAAGCGGAAAGCCUCCAUGGCUGGUAAAAGUGUCCUUCCACUAAAGCGCAACCUUGCUGAAAGGCUGGGGAAGAAGAUAGAGAUUCUGGAGAACACUGACAAAGCACCAAAGAGAGUUCAAGUCCCCAAGUCUCUGAAGGAGAGGCUAGGAUUGUCCUCUGAACAGGCCAGUAUGGAGACAGAGAAGGCUGCUAAGCCAACAGGAGAGAUCCAUGUGAAGACACUGGAGGAAAUUCGUCUUGAGAGAGCUACUCAGAGGCGAGGAGAACCUCAACCUAAACCCCAGACUGAAGGACGUUGUAAAACAGAAGAUCCCAGCUCGGGGCCAAGACCUUCCCCAGCUGUUCGCAUCAAAACUUUCUCAGGAGCCCUGACUGAAAAAAGACAGAAGCGAUUGGAAGAAGAAAAGCCAAAACCAGAAGAGUUUCCUACCAAGACAAAAGUUGAGAGCGAGCCCAAGAAGCAGAACAUACUGGCUCCAUCUGUGCCCAGCAAAGUGCAGCUGGCAGAGCCAGCAGGUAAAGCCAAGCCAGCAGGAGAGGUGCGUAUUAAAACCUUGGAAGAAAUCAAACAGGAGAAAGCUCUGCGGAUGCAGCAGAGUGGAGAAAAUGUGCCAGCUCCACCAGCACAACCUGAACCUGCCCCACCAGGGAGGAGAUUGUUACGGAUCACAAAGCUAAUAGCACCUGGAAGAGAAGAAAAGAAGGUAGUGGAACUUAACAAGUCUUCUCCCAAAGCCGUCUCUGCACCUGCAGAGCCCUCUGAUCACAGUGCAACUAAUUCUGCAGUUAAAGUGAAGAGCCUUGAAGAGAUAAUGAGGGAGAAACGGCAACUGAAACAACGCCAAGAAGAGAAGCUUCAGAAAGAGGCAGCUGCUGUGCCAUCUCCCAUUGAAAAAGCAAUCAAGGAUAAAACUCCAUCAUCAGGGAGUCCUGAAUCCAGCGUGGUUUCAGGGUCAGCCUAUCAACUUGCCAAGAAGGUAUUGGUGAAAUCUCCGGAAGAUGGGGUUGAAAGCCCAGGAAAGGAUGCUGCUGUAUCACUAGGGAAACAGGCAGCUCAGCUGCUGGAACGGAAAGCUAAAACCAAAUCUAAGGUGUGCCUGAAGCCUUCGGAUGGGAAGACCACCUCCCCCACAAAGCAGACACUGAAACGAAAGGCAGCUGAGAGUCACCCCUCUGCUGUGGCAGCUGUGAAACCUCUGAGCACCACUGGUGGGGAUACAAAAGAGCCUUCAGCUAAGAAAGCAGCUGUGGCUGUUGUUCCUGCUUUGCCAGAGGACAGCCUGGUCUCCAUACCUGGGAGAGAGAAACCCAAAGCCAGUCCUGAGCUGCAUCUUGGAAGCCAGGCAGACUCCGUGGCACAGUCAGAGGUCUCAAGCUCAACUUCAGCUUCUCCACAAGUAGCAGUAAAGACACGCCGGUUGAGCUCCACAGGGGCUGGGAAAGCACCCUUAUCUGUAGAAGAUGACUUUGAGAAGCUUAUUUGGGAAAUCUCAGGAGGCAAACUGGAAGCAGAAAUUGACCUGGACCCAGGGAAGGAUGAGGAUGACCUCCUCCUGGAACUGUCGGAAAUGAUUGACAGCUGAACUGCAUUAGUCUUCAAGGGUUUUUUUUUAAAAAAAAAAAAAAAAAAAAUUUAAAAAAACUGCAUAUUUUGAUGGAUACCCAGAGGUGAUCCUUCUUACAGCUGAGGCUUUGCAAUGAGUCUUAAAGCACAGCUGAACUGGUAGAAAUUGGCAGUAUCUGCACUCAGUUGUCCUAAAUUUCCCUGCUGGUCAGAGUCAAGGUUGUGUGCAUCCCGUCUGUAACUAUCGGUGGCUACCUUCGGCAUUAAGAGGACAAAGCACUUGUUUAUUUUGGGACGUGCCCAGCUACGAACUGUGGUGGUUGUGAACUGACUUACUGAUUCAGUGAUGCUCUGAAGGCUUAAACGUGAAGCUUCUUCCUUCCUCCCCCCUCUUGGCAAAACUCAACGUUCAGCGUGUUUCAAAGCUUUGAUAUUCUUGUUUCUUGGACAGUUGAUAUCUAAAGCCUGGAGUUACUAUGUCAACUCUUGAGUUUUAUUUAUGUAUGCUAUCAUUUUGACUUUCAUCUUUUAGGGUAACAAUGAAAACGUCAGGGUGGGAGGGAGCGGAACAAUUGCUCUUAGUAUUUUGGACCAAACGUGCUGCCAGGGGUGGUGGUUGGGGUCAGUCCAUCCAGCCUUACUUUGAAUUAUCAGGGAUGAUACAAUAUCUGUGAAAAGCAGCAGCUCUGCAGUACAGCCAGAAAACCCCCAGCCCGUUUUGUUGUACCAAAGCCUAGGGGAGGGGUUUGGUGCUUUUUUGCUGAUGAAAAUAGGAUUCUGGGGUGGAUAGUCAACAAUUCCUUUCAUAGUCUGCAGUAAAUUAAGAACUGGUUUAAGUGCCUCUUGGUUCUAAGAAUCGUUCCCCCAAGCUGCUGCCUCAUCUUCCACCGGGGAGCGGCGGCUGUUGGGACUCAUGUUCAGACACUGGAGGCUUUGUCUGACCUGUCACCAUGUGGCACUGACUUCUGGGGGACCGUGUGCCCUGGCCCAGCAAUCUUGGAACCUGGUACUGGUGCAGGACCAACCCUGCUCCCCUUUUCGGGGUGUGCCCGUCCCGUCGGUGUCCCCUGCUUCAGUGCUGAGGCUUGAGCUCUGUGUCAAAGUACGUGCUGGAGGUUACUGGUCUGUCUUGGUGCUGUCUGAAUUUGUGACCCUGCAGAAAACAGCUGAGACUGGGGUGUAUUGUGUACCCUGCCACCCUCGCAGAUAUAUUUCACAUUAUUUUUCUUAAACUUUUGAAGAACUUUAGUCUCUUCCUUCUAUGAUUUGUGAAGCUACAGGGGCCCUCAGGCAUUCGCUGCUGGCAGAGGAAAAAAUCAGUUUUGAGUUGAUUGUAAAUACGUUCUCUUUGGAAGAAAACACUUGUGUGCUUUGAUAAUCCACUGUGAUGUCUUAGUUCCUAGAGGAAAGGUUUGAAACCAAAUUUUAGAAAACUGCUGUUCUGGCUCCAGGAGGGUCACCUUUAUCCUGCUGAAGGACUUUCUCCUGCCAGCGUGGACGGGAGGGACUUUGGGAGAGAGGAAAAGUGCACAAGAGCCCGGCGAGGAAGGCUUCCCCCUCCUGCUCUGCCGUCAGCCUUCGCCCAGGCUCAGUCCGUGGAGACGGGAUUUGGUGUAUGCCGUGGUUUCUGUAAAUAUUUUAUUCUUCCAUUUUAUAUUUGUAUUCUAUUUAAGGUAUUGUAUUAAACGUAGUCUGGCCUC